AAACAAGAAACAAGAAAAUAGUUCAAUUUUAAGGAACUUAAACAAAUGGGUAUCACAGGUUUGAUACCAUUCCUAGAAAAAUCAUCUUCGAAAGUUCAUCUUAAGGAUUUACGAGGAUGCACUGUCGCAGUGGACACCUAUUGUUGGUUGCACAAGGGAGUUUUCUGCUGUGCUGACAAGCUCUGUCGUGGUGAAGAUACUGAUUUGUAUGUGACGUAUUGUUUGAAAUAUGUUUCUAUGCUCCUGUCCUAUGACAUCAAACCAAUCCUGGUUUUUGAUGGUCGUCACUUGCCUGCCAAAGCUCUAACGGAAAAACGUCGCCGAGAAAGUCGAGAUGUUUCCCGGAAACGAGCAGCCGAGCUGCUCCGUUUGGGAAAAACCGCCGAGGCACAUUCCCAUAUGAGACGUUGCAUCGAUGUCACCCACGACAUGGCCCUGCGUCUCAUCAAAGAGUGUCGUUUAAGGAAUGUCGAUUGCAUUGUGGCCCCCUACGAAGCAGAUGCUCAAAUGGCCUUCCUCAAUAAGCUCGAUAUUGCCCAGUACGUCAUCACAGAGGAUUCAGAUCUCACGCUCUUCGGUUGCAAGAAAAUCAUCUUCAAACUGGAUCUUACCGGUGCUGGACUCCUAGUCGAGGCUGAUAAACUCUACCUGUCGAUGGGCUGUCGGCAGGACAAGUACACAUUCGACAAGUUCCGAGCCAUGUGUAUUCUCUCAGGUUGUGAUUAUUUAGAUUCGUUGCCGGGCAUAGGACUUGCCAAAGCCUGCAAAUUUAUGCUAAUGACUGAAGAGGACGACAUGCGUCGUGCUCUGCUUAAAAUUCCUCAAUACCUGAACAAACGAAAUUUGGAAGUCGAUGGCGACUAUGUGGAGAACUUCCUGAAAGCCGAUGCGACAUUCAAGCACAUGUAUGUUUUCAAUCCGUUAGAACGGCGCAUGCAGCGUUUGAAUGAUCUAUCGACAUACAACACUGACGAACGUUAUUGUUCGAAUGCCGGCGAACCACUUGACACAGCGAUUGCUUUCCAAUUAGCCCUUGGCAAUCUUAAUCCGUUUUCAUUGAAAACUCUUGACAAUUGGAAUCCAGAUCAUAUUCAGGCUUUCAGCAACUGCAAUGUAAAACGGACAAAACACAAAAGCAUCUGGCAAUCGAACUUCAAACCACACACUCUGGCAGACAAGAAGCAGCAACAAUCAGUUAUUCCGUUUGCAUUGCAGUUCAAAAAAGUCAGCUAUUCCAAGAUGCAAGAAGAAGAAGAGGAUUCAGAAGAAAAGCUUGGAGAAGAUGAAUUAUUUUCGAUGUACAACGGAACUCAGGAACCUGCGACAAAGAGGCGCUGUAGUAAUACAGACAAUUGCAUAACAACCCCUGUUCAAGUUACCCCAACUAAAAAAGCUUACAAUCCUUUUCCUCGAGUUUCACCGAAGCCAAAGUCAAACUAUGAUAAUCGAAGCUCACAAAAGGUGCCAUCAAUAAAUUCAACUAAACGAUCGAUAUUCACAACAACAACAACGGAGGUUCGAAGUAGAUUUUUCGCAUCGAAUGUCUCGCUUUCUGGUGAAAGUGAAGCUGAAGAAAAGCAAAGUGAUAAAACACUUACUCCAUCUCUGUCAUCACAAACACUGCCUCAAAAAGUCUUCACCGAAAAAAUAAUUGAAGAAAUGUCGCGAAUUGAGGAGCUAUCCAAUGAGAACAAUAAAAAGACUGUAGCUUUAUACGACUAUAAUUCCCCCUCCCCCGUAAGGAGUUCUAUAUCUAAUAAAUCGACGCCGGUGGCGGAAGUAUCUCCUUUGACCUCGAUUAAUCCGUUUAAAUCUGAGUGUGCAAAGACGACAAUAACAAUUCCGACGCCACAAAGCCAGAUCCCACAAAGUUUUGAUAGUGGUAUCAGUUCAAUUCUUCCAACAGCUUCGGAAUCUUCAACACAAAUAAGUUGUAAUGAUAGUGGAGUGAGUCGAUUAAAAGUUGAAGAGAACGCGAAUGAUUUGAUAGAGCUAUCGGAUGAAGAAGAGAAGCCUAGGCUUCAAAAAGUUACUCCAAAGAAGACACCAAUUGUGAAACCUCGAGCUUUGGGAUUAUCGAAGGUGAAAAAAACAAACACUUCCAAAAACGACCGAAAACUACCUGCAAACCAGACGCGUUUGAGUAUGUUUGGAUUUCAAAAGAAACCUUCGUUAAAAUAGCAACUUGUCCGACUAAUCUUUGUUCCAGUGAGUGUAUUUAUUUAUUAAAAAAAAUCUUUGUUACCUUAGUUUUUGUAAGCGAAUAAAUUAAUAACUAUUAAAAUUUA